CCAGUGGUCCUGAGCCUUCUGAAGUUAGGAUUCUGCCUGGUGGUGAGGAUCCUGACACCAAGGAUGGGACACCCCAGAUGGAGGUUCCUGGGGCCUGGCCCCCAACACUAUGAAGAGCCCUUGCUGAGGCCAUGAGGGGUUAUCAUGGCGACCGAGGCAGCCAUCCCCGCCCAGCCCGCUUUGCUGACCAGCAGCAUAUGGACGUGGGCCCCUCUGCCAGGGCCCCGUACCUGCUGGGCUCCGGGGAGGCCUUCUCCACCGAGCCCCGCUUCUGUGCCCCGAGAGCCGGCCUGGGACACCUUUCGCCUGAAGGGCCCCUGAGCCUGAGUGAGGUGCCAUCCAUCGGCCCCGAGGGAGGGCCAGGAGGGGCCGGGGUUGGGGGAGGUAGCAGCACCUUCCCCAGGAUGUACCCUGGCCAGGGCCCCUUCGACACCUGUGAAGACUGUGUGGGCCACCCACCGGGCAAGGGUGCCCCCCGCCUGCCUCCCACACUUCUGGACCAGUUUGAAAAGCAGUUGCCAGUUCAACAAGAUGGCUUCCACACGCUGCCAUACCAGCGCGGUCCAGCAGGGGCCGGGCCGGGCUCGGGGCCAGGGCCAGGGCCGGGGCCAGGGCCAGGGCCGGGGUCUGGCACUGCCCCGGAGCCCCGCAGCGAGAGCCCCAGCCGCAUCCGGCACCUGGUUCACUCUGUGCAGAAGCUGUUUGCCAAGUCCCACUCUCUGGAGGCCCCAGGGAAGCGGGACUAUAACGGGCCCAAGGCUGAGGGAAGAGGUGGCUCCGGGGGAGACAGCUACCCUGGCCCGGGCUCCGGAGGCUCCCACACCUCCCACCACCACCAUCACCACCACCACCACCACCACCACCAGUCCCGGCACGGCAAGAGGAGCAAGAGCAAGGACCGCAAGGGGGAUGGACGGCACCAGGCCAAGGCCACGGGCUGGUGGAGCUCCGACGACAACUUGGACAGUGAUAGUGGCUUCCUGGCGGGUGGGCGGCCCCCUGGGGAGCCCGGGGGUCCCUUCUGCCUGGAGGCUCCAGAUGGGUCCUACCGGGACUUGAGCUUCAAGGGGCGCUCGGGCGGGUCAGAAGGCCGCUGUCUUGCCUGCACUGGCAUGUCCAUGUCACUGGAUGGACAAUCGGUCAAGCGAAGUGCCUGGCAUACUAUGAUGGUCAGCCAGGGCCGGGAUGGAUACCCAGGGGCCGGGCCAGGCAAGGGGCUCCUGGGUCCGGAGACCAAGGCCAAAGCCAGGACUUAUCACUAUCUGCAGGUGCCGCAGGAUGACUGGGGGGGUUACCCCACUGGGGGCAAGGACGGAGAGAUCCCCUGCCGCAGGAUGCGGAGCGGCAGCUACAUCAAAGCCAUGGGGGAUGAGGAGAGCGGAGACUCAGACGGCAGCCCCAAAACAUCUCCCAAGGCAGUCGCCCGGCGCUUCACCACCCGCCGCUCCUCCAGCGUGGACCAGGCCCGGAUCAACUGCUGUGUCCCACCCCGGAUCCACCCCCGGAGCUCCAUCCCUGGUUACAGUCGUUCCCUCACCACCGGACAGCUCAGCGAGGAGCUGAACCAGCAGCUGGAGGCCGUGUGCGGGUCCGUAUUUGGGGAGCUGGAGUCUCAGGCCGUGGACGCCCUGGACCUGCCCGGCUGUUUCCGCAUGCGGAGCCACAGCUACCUCCGGGCCAUCCAGGCCGGCUGCUCUCAAGAUGACGACUGCCUGCCCCUCCUUGCUGCCCCUGCCUCUGUCUCAGGGAGGCCCGGCUCCUCCUUCAACUUCAGAAAGGCCCCGCCCCCCAUCCCGACGGGAAGCCAGGCCCCGCCCCGCAUCUCCAUCACCGCCCAGAGCAGCACCGACUCCGCCCACGAGAGCUUCACCGCGGCGGAGGGCCCCGCCCGGCGCUGCAGCUCCGCUGACGGGCUGGACGGCCCCGCCAUGGGCGCGCGCACCCUAGAGUUGGCGCCGGUGCCACCCCGGGCCAGCCCCAAGCCCCCCACACUCAUCAUCAAGACCAUUCCUGGCAGGGAGGAGCUGCGGAGCCUGGCGCGGCAGCGGAAGUGGCGGCCGUCCAUCGGGGUGCAGGUGGAGACUAUCUCAGACUCGGACACGGAGAAUAGGAGUCGAAGAGAGUUCCACUCCAUCGGUGUACAGGUGGAAGAAGACAAGAGGCGGGCGAGGUUCAAGCGCUCCAACAGUGUGACAGCUGGCGUGCAGGCCGACCUGGAGCUGGAGGGCCUGGCCGGCCUGGCCACCGUGGCCACAGAAGACAAGGCCCUGCAGUUCGGACGCUCCUUCCAGAGGCACGCCUCUGAGCCCCAGCCCGGGCCCCGGGCCCCCACCUACUCAGUCUUCCGCACGGUCCACACGCAGGGCCAGUGGGCCUACCGCGAGGGCUACCCACUGCCGUACGAGCCGCCGGCCACCGAUGGGUCGCCCGGCCCUGCCCCUGCCCCUACCCCCGGCCCCGGGUCCGGCCGCCGCGACUCCUGGAUGGAGCGCGGCUCACGUAGCCUCCCCGACUCAGGCCGCACGUCCCCCUGCCCACGGGAUGGCGAGUGGUUCAUCAAGAUGCUGAGGGCGGAGGUGGAGAAGCUGGAGCACUGGUGCCAGCAGAUGGAGCGCGAGGCGGAGGACUAUGAGCUGCCGGAGGAGAUCUUGGAGAAGAUCCGCAGUGCCGUGGGCAGCACACAACUACUCCUGUCCCAGAAGGUUCAGCAGUUCUUCCGGCUGUGUCAGCAAAGCAUGGACCCCACAGCGUUCCCCGUGCCCACCUUCCAGGACCUGGCGGGUUUCUGGGACCUCCUGCAGCUCUCUAUCGAGGAUGUGACCCUCAAGUUCCUGGAGCUACAGCAACUCAAGGCCAACAGCUGGAAACUCCUGGAGCCUAAGGAGGAGAAGAAGGUCCCUCCGCCGAUACCAAAGAAGCCCUCGCGGGGCCGGGGCGUGCCGGUGAAGGAGCGCUCCCUGGACUCGGUGGACCGGCAGCGGCAGGAAGCGCGCAAGCGGCUCCUGGCGGCCAAGCGCGCCGCCUCCUUCCGCCACAGUUCGGCCACCGAGAGCGCCGACAGCAUCGAGAUCUACAUCCCCGAGGCCCAGACCAGGCUGUGACCCGCCCGGCCCGCCCAGCCCGGGCCCGGGCCCGCGGUUUUCUACCCGUACUGUACACCCAGCGUCGAGGUCACUGUGAACGCGGGCCGCCCCGUGCGCCCGCCCCGCCGGCACCGCACGCCCCGGCCCCUCCUGCCCGUCACGCUCUCGUGGGUUUUUUACCUUCCUGACCCCACGCGAAGGCGCCCGGGCUGGGCUGGGGGCCGUGCCUCUCCACCCUGCGCCCCCACCGGGACUCCCCUCUUUCCAGGUCCGACGCUUCGUCCCCACCUCCUCCCUACGGGCACCAUCUCUGCCAUUACUUCCCCCCACGGGCCAGGCCGGGCCGGGUCCCCCAUCUGGGCUCUGCGUCCCCCCCACCCCGCGGGGCUGGGCUUCGUGGGGAAUCAAGCUUCGUGGCUUUUUAUGAAGAAUCCCGAACCCCGCCUAGGAGCCCGCCCCAUCCUCCCAGGGGCUCUACCCUCAGCCCUCUGCCCACCGGGCCCAGGGACCACAGUGGCUGGACCAACCCAGGACCAGGGCGCCUGGGCCUCUCCCCUUUCCCAGCUGCUGGGAAGGGGAGAUGGGGGCUUCCCCUCACCACACCUGUGGCUGUUCCCACAUCCCCUUGAGUAUCCCAGGAAAAAUAAAACGGCAGAACUGCA